GCAUGACCGCCGCAAUCCGUACCAAAUCCACGCAUCUCGAUCUACCGGGUUACAUGUUACCUCUGAAUUACACCCCAAGAGAAUCUUCCCGAAAGUUGUUUCCCAAUGCGCUGGAUGCAUCUGGCAUUGAAGAAGGAUGGGCAAGUCGGAUCUAUGUCCACCGCGAAAUCCUUAUGAUGCAGGUGAUGAACACUAUUACGGAUAAACCUGAAUGGGAAAGAAAGGUGUUUGAAGAUGAUAUCGUCGCAAAAUGGCGAGAGGAGAUCGCCGGUAGUGGUCAUGACAUAACCCCCAACAUGAUGGAUUGGAUCAUCGAAGAACUCCAGUGGAAGGCCAGCAUUUACCGCGAAACCGGUUAUGUAGUUGCAUACCAGACCGGUGUGGUAAAAUCCGACUCUGCCAUCCCACGGGAGCUGAAAGAGUUCUUGCGGCAGGCAGUUCGCUCUUUGGAGCAUGUCCCGGAAAAAAAGAAAGACUACCACCCUGGCUCAGACAAACAGGUCGUCGACCUGGUACACCCAUCGUUAUUCCCUGUCAUCUAUGGCCGCAGUCGCAUACUACCUGACCGUCUAAUUGGCGUGGACGACUGUUUAGAUAGUGUGGGACAGGGUGAGCAGCUUGCGGUACCUCCAAAGAACCAAGCGCUCAGCGAUGAUCCAACUCGUUUUUUUGGCCGGGAGUGGGCAGUGGACCCUUUCAGUCGCAAAUUCCAGUGGAUGCCAUGCGAUGUUGACAUGGCAGGAGAAUGUCAUAUUGCAUCAUACAUCAAUAACCUGCAUCCGGAAAAGAACCGGUCUCUGUACGAGGUUAUCGAGAAGAUCCUCUCCAAAACAAUCCCGCUGUGGGAUUCGACAUUGACUCACGUGGGGGAUAAUAUAUGCAGAAUGCCAUACCACAAUGUUGAACUCGAGCCUCUAGACCCAGAGCCCGAGGAACCUGACGAGGCAGAUGAAGAUGCCAUAGAUGAAUACUACCAGCAAUUGGAGUCAGCGCCAAUUGAGCUUCCUGAGCCGGGCACAUUCGAGCCUCCUAUUCCACGCUCAUAUAGCAAAGUUGAUUUGCGUACGCAGUAUCAAAAGGAGGGACUGCAAGUGAUAGUCAAGCUAGCAAACAUUGAGCUGACACCUGAAAAGCCGGAUUAUAACGGUGGGUCUUGGCAUAUUGAGGGACAAUCAAACGAACACAUCUGUGCGACCGCGCUGUACUACUAUGACAGUGAUAACAUCACAGAGAACCAUUUGUCCUUUCGACAGCGGGCAGACGACAACCUCAUCAUUGAUUAUCCACAAGACAGGCACGACUUCCUGCAGUCGGUCUUCGGCUUUCCACCCGAUAUCGACGGGCGGAAUGGUGGCAACAUCACUCAAGCCCUGGGUAACAUCUCGACGCGCGAGGGCCGUCUCCUGACAUUUCCGAACAUCCUUCAACACCGGGUAUCGCCAUUCUCACUAGCAGACAAAUCGAAGCCUGGACAUCGCAAAAUCAUUGCUUUCUUCCUAGUUGACCCUCAUAUGCGCAUCAUCUCGUCGGCAAAUAUUCCACCGCAGAACACAGACUGGUGGACGAAGAGACACGAGGUCAUCAACCAGGUGAUGGGGAAUCGACUGCCGGCCGAGUUGCAGUACAUGAUAAACGAAAAUGUAGACGCCGGUUCCAUCACCAUGGACGAGGCGAAGGAAUACCGACUUCAACUGAUGGAAGAGAGAAGCUCUAUGACAGUUCAGCGGAAUGAGGAGUUUGAAUCUGGGAACUUUAACCUUUGUGAGCAUUAGAAGGGCUUCAUCUACAUCAUCCAGGGAUGUGCAGAAUUUUCAAGGCACCGAUGGGAUGGAAUUCAUCAACCGUUGGCGAUAGAUGAAGGGGUGGAGGAAGUGUCGAGGGU